AUGCAGAUUUUCGUCAAAACCCUUACGGGUAAGACGAUCACCCUUGAGGUCGAGUCCUCUGACACUAUUGACAAUGUCAAGGGCAAAAUCCAAGACAAGGAGGGCAUCCCCCCUGACCAACAGCGUCUAAUUUUCGCUGGUAAGCAGUUGGAGGAUGGCCGUACUUUGUCCGACUACAACAUUCAAAAAGAAUCUACCCUUCAUUUGGUUCUCCGUCUUCGUGGUGGUGGUGGUAAGAAGCGUAAGAAAAAAACUUACACUACUCCCAAGAAGAUUAAGCAUAAGCACAAGAAAGUUGAGCUUGCUGUUCUCAAGUACUACAAGGUCGAAGAUGAUGGAAGCGUUAAGCGUCUCCGUCGUGAGUGCCCUACUUGCGGUGCCUCUGUCUUCAUGGCCAACCAUGGUGACCGUCUUUACUGCGGUAGAUGUCACUUGACCCUCAAGUUGGAAGCUUAA